GUGAGAGAGCACGCGCGCAGGAGGGCUCGGUGCUGGAGGAAGAGCGACGCGGGCAGAGGGCAGAGGGAGGCUGGGCUUGGCGGGACCGGACCGAGGUCUCAGCCCCGAGAGCCUCCUCCAUGGCCCCCGGGAUCCUGAGAGGCGCUGCCUCAGCUUAGGAUGGGCAACUGCGUCAAGUCUCCACUGAGAAAUCUCUCCAGGAAGAUGCGCCAGGAGGAGACUGCCAGCUACAGAGUGGUGCAGGCCGGCGAGGAGGGGCUGGCGGCCAGCGGCGAGCUCCCGGGACCGCUCCUGAUGCUGGCCCAGAACGGCGCCAUCACGCACACCCUGCUGGGCCCUGCCUGCAUCUUCCUGCGCAAGGGCUUCGCUGAGAACAGGCAGCCCGACAGAUCACUGCGGCCAGAGGAGAUUGAAGAGCUCCGAGAGGCCUUCAGAGAAUUUGACAAGGACAAAGACGGCUACAUCAACUGCCGAGACCUGGGCAACUGCAUGCGCACCAUGGGCUACAUGCCCACCGAGAUGGAGCUUAUCGAGCUGUCCCAGCAGAUCAACAUGAACCUGGGUGGCCAAGUGGAUUUUGAUGACUUUGUGGAGCUGAUGGGACCUAAACUCCUGGCGGAGACGGCAGAUAUGAUUGGUGUAAAGGAACUGCGAGAUGCUUUCCGAGAGUUUGACACCAAUGGUGAUGGGGAGAUAAGCACCAGUGAGUUGCGAGAGGCCAUGAGGAAACUCCUGGGUCAUCAGGUGGGACACCGAGACAUAGAGGAAAUUAUCCGAGAUGUGGACCUCAAUGGGGAUGGCCACGUGGACUUUGAAGAGUUCGUCCGGAUGAUGUCCCGCUGAGGCCGUGAGGGCCCCUCCAGGACUGCCCAGCUCCCACAGGCCGGAGAGGAGGGGCGGAGCUCUCCUCGCUCCGCUGCUGUAGCUGCCCAGAGCCCAGGAUGGACUGGUGGAGGGGGCCUGCUUGCACCCCGGGGAGGUGCCCACCCCGGACCCCCACCCUCCGCACUGUGAAAGACUCACAACUCCUGCAACUGGAAAGUGGGGCGCCCACCGACAAGGAGGCCACAGUGCCAAGCCGCAGAGGUUCUGCAAGGCGCCAAGUGCCAUGUACCCAGCCGCUGCCGGCUGGACGGGCCGGGGAGCCCGCCAGCAGAGCCCACAUAGCAUGUCUGCCCCAGGGCACAGCCUCUGUUGCCCUCCUCAGCGCUGCGCCCCUCCCAGCUCGCCUCAGCCUUGUUAUCUCAGAACCAAUAAAACAUUCCCCAGAGCAA